CCGGCCACGUCGGUUGAACCGCGCGCGCCCGAUCUCGCUUACAAGGAGGUCUGACUGUCGUCUUCCUCGUGGCCUUUUUGGUUUGUUUUUGCUGCUGCUGCCCGGAUCCCCUUGCUCCGGUCGCACGGAAGAUCCUUCCACGUGGGAUGCAUGGAAUCGGCAUCAUCGGCAACCCUGUAGCCAAUGCAGAUCACUCAAUUUCCGCGUGCUCCAGAUCAGCUGCUGGUGAGCUGCUGCCUGUGAGUUCCACUUCGCCCGGGCUUCUGGCAGCCCAUGGCAGGAUGAAUUGCUGGCCCCUGAGCAGCAUGUCAGCCAAGGACCGUGGCUCCCUGCCGUCUUGCGGACCCUACAUCAAGACGGAGCCGUGCAGCCCCUCGCCGUUGGGCGACUCGCUGGCGCAGCAGCACAGCCCCAGCGGCUCGUCGGACACGAGCGGCAGCUACGGCGUCGGCAUGAGCUCGUCGGCGAUGCACGGCCGCCCUUACCGCCACCACACCUCCUCUUCCGCCGCGGCGGCGGCGGCGGACUCGACGCACGCGCGGAACAACGGCCUCGACUCGCCCUUCUCCGCCGCGGCCGCCGCGGCCUCCUCCGCCGUUUCUUCGUCCGCCGCCUCCUCCGCGGCGGCGGCCGCCGUGGCCAUGGUGGGGCCCGGCGGCCCCAACGGGCGCAAGCGCUACGACGACUCGCCGCCGGGCGCCGACGUGCAGACCAAGUGCGAGUACAUGCUCAACGCCAUGCCCAAGCGCCUGUGCCUGGUGUGCGGGGACGUGGCGUCGGGCUACCACUACGGUGUGGCGUCCUGCGAGGCCUGCAAGGCGUUCUUCAAGCGCACCAUCCAGGGGAACAUCGAGUACAGCUGCCCAGCGUCCAACGAGUGCGAGAUCACGAAGCGGAGGCGCAAGGCCUGCCAGGCCUGCCGCUUCAUGAAGUGCCUCAAAGUGGGAAUGCUCCGAGAAGGUGUGCGGCUGGACAGGGUGCGUGGCGGGCGUCAGAAGUACAAGAGGAGAAUCGACGCCGAGAACAGCCCUUACCUCAACCCCCAGCUCACGCAGCCCAUCAAGAAGCCCUGCAACGGCACUCUGGUGAACAAGAUCGUGUCGCACCUGAUCGUGGCCGAGCCGGACAAGAUCUACGCUAUGCCAGACCCCACGGUGCCCGACAGCGACAUCAAGGCGCUCACCACGCUGUGCGACCUGGCCGACCGCGAGCUCGUCGUCAUCAUCGGCUGGGCCAAGCACGUGCCAGGCUUCUCGGCCCUCUCGCUGGGCGACCAGAUGUCGCUGCUGCAGAGCGCGUGGAUGGAGGUGCUGCUGCUGGGCGUGGCGUUCCGCUCGCUGCCCUACGAGGACGAGCUCGUGUACGCCGAGGACUUCGUCAUGGACGAGGAGCUGUCGCGGCUCGCCGGCCUCCUCGACCUCAACUCGGCCGUUCUGCAGCUCGUGCGCAAGUACAAGGCCCUCAAGCUGGAGAGGGAGGAGUUCGUGGCGCUCAAGGCCAUCGCGCUCGUCAACUCCGACUCGAUGCACAUCGAGGACGUGGAGGGCGUGCAGAAGCUGCAGGACGUCCUGCACGAGGCCCUGCAGGAGCUCCAGGGCAGCCAGCACGCCGAGGACCCGCGGCGCGCCGGCAAGCUGCUCAUGACGCUGCCGCUGCUGCGGCAGACGGCGACGCGCGCCGUGCAGCACUUCUACUCCGUCAAGCUGGAGGGCAAGGUGCCCAUGCACAAACUAUUCCUGGAGAUGCUGGAGGCCAAGGUGUGA